UUAGAGCAGUAAUAAAGGAUUUCACCAACUUCUGCGGACUGCGGCUCUUGGAUGUACUAUGGAUGAUGAGAUGUAACGCAACAACUAAAUUAUUAUCAAUUAUUGGACACACAGACAUGCAAGUUCCAAGUAUGACAGGUAUGGUUCUUUAUUUCCUCCUUGUAGGUGAUGUUAUCACACACUGUUUUGUAGUAGGUGCGCAAUGUCCCUAUUGCAUUUGCUAUUAUGUCAAAGUCAUUUUUGAAGCAUGUUGUGGUAUUCUUGUUUCCCCAUGUGCAGGGAUACAAUGGCCUCGUUUCCGCAUCAGACAAAAUGGCUUAAGGAACAUUUGUGAAGGAAACGCGUAGAUCCUCUCUGCGCUUUCUAACACGACAAACCAUGUUCAUGCGUGUAUCUUCCUCCCGCCUUGUCGUCCAUACGACCAGAAUCCUCCAAACCCGCCACAUCUCAUCACAACCCCGUUCCCACAACAUUGGCCCACUCCUUGCACAGAGUCUCCUGAAAACUGCUCAGGAACACACAUAUUAUCUCCCAACAGAGUUCAAAACAAGCAAGGGAGUCCUAUGGAAGCUCAACGAGACGUUGGGUGACGCCGAAAUGGUCCUAUCACGGACAUUUGGGAAUGAACACAUAUCGGCUCUAUUCAACGUGGAUGCCAUGAGCGAAUUCCAGGAUUUUGCGGAUAUGGAACACGAGCCUGCAUUUGGAGAGCGGCCUCCUGUCGGUUUAUCCAUUGUCAUUCAAAAAAAGACCGACAGUAUAGAGUCCGGUGCACUUGAAAUUGAAGCAUCGGCUAAAUAUCCCAACAUCUUUAUCAAUCAUAUUACCGUCUUCCCUUCCGUGGACCUUUGCAUGGAUUCGUCCGCUCAGGGCGAUUGGCAACGACGGGGCCUAUAUAGCGGUCCAUCCUUUCAGCAAUUACCAGAAACCCUCCAAGAUUUGUUUCAAGAGUAUAUAACUGAACGAGGGUUUGAUGAGGAAUUGGCAUUGAGGAUACAUGACAUUGUUGAGGCCAAAGAUCAGAAGGAGUGGGAUGUUUGGGUUAAAAAUGUUGGCAACUUUAUUGAUAUUUGAUGGUUAUUGACCGUAGAUAACUAAAAUCGUUCAUAUUGGUUAUGAGCAUAACUGUUCCGAAAAUUUUCUGAUAGCCCUCC